GAACCAUCGAGACCUCGUUCCUGUUUGGAACUGAUUUGACUUCGGAACAACGAUCGUCAAAAACAAAAGAAGAGACAUACGGCAAAAAGAUCCAAUCUUGGCCACUGGGAAUACCUUACCCAACCUAUGUACCAACUACAGCCGCGAACUUUUGCGUGAUAUGAUAUGCAAAGCGAGCCAUAAUUUGAAUAUAGUCUCACAACCGAUUUACGGUGAACUGCGCGGGAACACAUACAUAAAUAGUUGGCUUUAUUAUCAGCCCUUCUGCGGUUUCCUUCAGAAUUUUCAUGAAAAAUUGUAUUAACAGUGUAAAGAGUACAAAUGUGAAAAGAAUUCGUCGAAAACUAAGCUGGUUUUGAUCGUGGCUGCAGCGGCGGGCUUCUCUGUUCAGGAAUGAAGUUAAACAAACAGUGAAAUGAAGCAUUCGAGAAUAUAAAGUUGAGAAAGAUGUUUUCUGUCUUGUCAUGAGCGUGGGACAAAGAAAAAAUUCUGAGUCCCCAUGAUGAAACGAACCUCAGACCCUCGGAUUUCACACUCCGAUGCUCUACCACUGAGCCACAGAGACUGCACGAAGUUUAUAUGAUACACGCCCUGCAUACUGCUAGGAUCAGCAAUGUCGAUGCGUAAUGUUUGUAGAUAGAAACAAGAGAGAUGUUCGCAAAUUUCAGACACAGACAUGGCAAGGAAUGAAUACCAAAAAAUUUCAAGCGCUGACCAAAGUCCGAAACAAGGCUUCUUCUCUUAUCUUCUUUUUAGCUGGAUGGACAGCACCUUUAAAACUGGCAGUAAACGGGCCUUACAGGAGAGUGACUUUGUACCUCUUUCCACUGAAAACACAACUCGUGCUGCGACCGAAAAACUUCAAUCAAACUGGAACAAAGAGAAAACCAAGUGCAGAGAAAACGGAAAAAAACCAAGACUUUGGAAAAGCGUUCUGAAGAUGCUCUCCGUCAAGGAUAUUAUUAUCUUUUCAUUGUCGGGUGCUAUGUACUCAGUGUCUAAGAUUUCUCUUAUUCUGCUGAUAACAUAUCUUAUUUCCGCACUCCUUUCAUCUCAAGCACAGAACAAUCUUGCUUAUCUCUCGGCUCUGGCCAUGUUCAUUACCAGUUUGUUUCAAGCUAUGGGACAUCAUCACGUUUGUUAUAGAGGCGAGUUGACGGGAAUCAGAGUGAGUUGCGCCCUAAAAGGUCUAAUUUACCAUAAGAUGCUACUUCUGAGUAAACACGGUUUAUUGAAGGCCACGACAGGUUACGUAAUUGAGCUUUUAUCCAAUGACGUUCAGCGAAUGGAAGGCGAAACUGUCAAAUUUGUUUUUCUGACGGUUUCUUCAACUGUAGAGUUUUUGGCGUUGCCAUUCUUACUCCAGCACCUUAUUGGCUGGCAGGCACUUAUGGGCUUCAUUUCCCUUAGUCUUCUUAUUGUAUACUUUGCUGGGUUAUCCUACAUGAACGGUUUAUUACGAGUGAAGACAGCAGAAAUGUCGGGUCUACGCCUCUCUUUGAUGAACCAAGUGAUUUCUGGAAUUCGCGCCAUAAAAAUGUAUACAUGCGAGAAUGAAUACAGAGCAAGGAUAAAAUAUUCACGCAGGAAUGAAAUUAAAAUCCUCAAUAAGAAAAAUGCGGUUUUGACAGCUCUUGUCGCUUUGGAAGGCUCUUCAGGACCUAUAGCACUCUUGGUGUCUGUCCUGACUUUUUUAUUAACAGGACAUACCCUAACACCUGUGAAUGUCACCAUGCUACUCGCUUUCAUUGGUGCUCAAAGACUAAAUCCUUGCUGUUUCUUGGCCUAUGGUUGGCUGCAAAUAUACGAAGCUUAUGUAUCGCUUCUUAGAAUAGAAGAUUUCCUCCUCUUAAAAGAUUUGCCUGCAGUCUCAUGUGGUCACACGUCUGACAAAAGUAAAUCUGAUUUGAAAGAGUUAAAAAGCGGAUUGACGGAUCACGAGGAAAGAGUCGAAGUCAAUCACUUUGACGAUGCAACGGAUGAGCGGGGCAUGGCAAUAGAUUUGUGUGUGUCGAAUUUGACAUGCAUGCAAGUCGGUCGAGAAGAGGAAUACAUCUUAGAAAAUAUCGACCUUGGAACAGAAUCAAAAAGCUUGACGGUUAUUACUGGACCAGUGGGAAGUGGGAAAUCUACUCUUCUCUCAGCCAUCGCCGGAGAGGUACCAAAAAAAAGGGGAACACUGACUCGCCCAGAAAAACUUGCUUACGUUCCACAGAUUGCAUGGGUCUUCUCCGGUACAAUUCGGGAAAACAUCUUGUUUGGUCUGCCAUACGAUGAGCAGAUGUAUAAGAGAGUGCUCCGAGCGUGUGCACUUGAUAAGGACAUGCAGGAAAUGCCCGAUGGAGACUUAACUGUUGUUGGAGAACGCGGUGAAGUUCUUAGCGGCGGUCAGCAGGCAAGAGUAAGUUUAGCUCGCGCAGUGUACGCUGAUGCAGAUCUUUAUUUGUUGGACGACCCAUUCAGUGCUUUGGACUUUAAAGUUGGUCAACACAUCUUUGAAAACUGUAUUCAAGACUUCCUGGGCGACAAAACCAGGGUAUUAAUCUCUCAUCAAGAGCAGCACAUGAAAGAGGCGACUGAAGUGGUAGUCUUAUACAAAGGCCGUGUUUUAGGAAGGGGAACUUUUACGGAUCUUCAAGGGGAAGGUUUUCUUAGUACGACUGUUAAUCCACUGCAUCAGAAAGCUCCAAAAGAUUCGACAUUCGACAAGAAAUAUAAUGAACAAGAAGAGAAGUUCAUCGAUAUUAGCGACGAAAAAGAUCCACCAUCCACUGGAGAGAAGGGCCUGACAAUAUCGGAUGAGGAUCGUACUAUCGGAAGGGUGUCACCGAAGCUUUACUGGGACUACUUCAGAAGUGGAACUCACUCUAUGGGAAUCCUUUCCAUGAUGUUUUUGUUCCCCAUUGCGCAAGCAAUAAUUGUCGCUCCCAAUGUUUGGCUCUCGCUUAUGACGAAGAAACUUCCAGAAGAUCAGAGAAACAAGAUAAACAUUAUCAUCUACACUUGUCUUGUCAGUGGGUGCGUUAUGCUCGCCUUCGUUCGAGCAUAUGCUUUCCUAUGGAUUUCUCUGAAAUGUUCUGAAAGUCUCCAUGACUUGAUGGUAGAAGCUCUUCUGCGAUCACCAGUGUUGUUUUUUGAUUCAAAUCCAGUAGGAAGAAUACUCAAUCGGUUCUCGAAAGACAUUGGCUGCAUGGACGAGCUUUUGCCCAAAGAGUUUCUGUUGUCAAUUCAGUCAUCAUUAUUGGCUAUUUGUACGAUACUUAUACCAACUGUUGCAAAUCCUUGGCUCCUGUUCGUCAUUAUUCCGUUGAUGACUUUUGUGGCGUUCGUCUCCAAGUAUUACUCGAAAACGUCCCGAGAGUUAAAAAGGUUGGAAUCAAUCAGCCGCAGCCCUGUUUUCUCCCACAUAUCGGAGACUUUGAAUGGAUUGGAUACAAUUCGGACAAGAAAUAGGCAGAGAGACUUCGUCCAUGAGUUAUACAGAUACCAAGAUACCCAUAAUCAGAUAUCUAUCAUGGUGAUGGCCAGUGCCAGAUGGCUCGGAGUGCGCCUGGACGUUGUUGCUUCCCUGAUAGUUGGUUCAGUUGCUGCAGCAACAGCGUUUGUGGCCCAAGAUGCCGCAAUUGCCUCUCUUGCACUUGUUUACGUCGUCCAAAUGACAGACACAACUCAAACGUCAGUGAGAAGAAGCGUGAAUGUUGAUAAUCUCAUGACGUCAGUGGAACGAGUUAUGACGUACACUAAGCUUGACUCUGAGCCUGGAUACAAAGUAGAAAAACGUCCCCCAGAACACUGGCCACGCGAAGGGAAAAUCACCUUUAAAGAUGUAUCACUGACAUAUUACCCGGGAGGACCUCAAGUACUAAAGAAAAUUAACCUUGAAAUCAAAGGCGGAACGAAGAUCGGUAUUGCAGGCCGUACAGGCGCAGGAAAGACUUCUGUUUUGGCAGCUCUACUGCGCAUGCCAGAUGCUGAUGGACAGAUAAUGGUUGACGAUAUUCCCAUAAUGGAUAUUAACAUUCAAGAAGCUCGACGAUGCAUAUCGGUUCUUGGACAAAGUCCAGUCCUAUUCAGUGGAACGCUGAGAAAAAAUCUCGAUCUUUUGGAGCAGUUUCAAGACAAGGAUUUAUGGCAAGCAUUGAGAGACACUCAACUGAAAGACGUAGUUGAGAGCCUGGAAGGACAGUUGGAUUACAAGCUUUCCGAACAUGGCGCAGAUAUCAGCGUAGGAGAAAGGCAGUUGAUUUGUUUGGCUCGUGUCUUGUUACACCAAAGCAAGAUCAUCAUCUUGGAUGAACCCACUGCACACGUAGAUCCAGAAACAGAGCACAAAAUGUGGAGGGUGGUACGCGAGAAACUGAAGGACUGUACUGUAAUUACCAUAGCUCACCGCCUGAGCUCAAUUAAAGAUUGUGAUAUGAUUUUGGUUUUAGAAAAUGGAGAAAUACGCGAAUUUGGCAAGUUUGAUUUAUUAGUGAGGAGAGAGGGAGGUAUAUUGAGUGAAAUGGCUCGUGUUUCAGGUAUCUAAAAUGUGCAUGAAAGAAAGUCACCGAAAACCUUGCCUUAUCUUAUUGUUCUUGGUAAAAGAUAGCAACAAAAUUAACCAAAUGUGACAGAAAGUUCAUCCCGCUCCCUUUUGAGCUGAGGUUUUUCAAAUUGGCAUUGCAAUGUGUUUUAUUCUACAUUUUUCGACAUUUUAGCUCUUUUUCCGUUUUAGAAUGAUUUAGGUAACAAAAGCUUCUAAUGAAUUAUUGUCUUGACGUCAUGGCUCUCUUUGGGAGCACAGUAACGCAGAAGGAGCACCAAAAAACCUUAAAGAAAACACAAUCGAAUGGGCAAAGAAAUCGGUAAUCUUCUAAUAUUUUGUACCUAAAUGGUUGUAUGGUUUUUAGAGAUUUAAAUAAGUAGAUGUACUUGUCUGCUUGAUUUUUAAACUAACAGGGAUAAAAAAUCUUGGCAUCGUCUGCGUCAUUUUGAGGAUUUUGUUAGCUUCAGAAAGCUUUGAGCUGAGUACACCAUCAUGCACCUGUAGCGGUGAAAAAGUACAUUAUUUCCUCUUUAAGCACAAAACAAGAAGGAAUUCAAUUUUAAUUAUCUGCGCCCUUGUUAAAGCAUGAUCGUGGCCCUCAACUUUUGACCGUUUUAUUGAAAUUAUGAAGGCGUAAUAGUAACUUACCUGAGCUUGUGGGAACAGUUGCAUGAGCAUCCUAAUAAUAUCUGCUCACACAUCAGCGCUUUCUCCGCGAACAUUCUUCAUUUCUUGGAAUGGAUGAAAGCAUAUUCUGCUUUAUCCCUUUCUUGCCCGUGUUUGGUUUUUUCUGAUACAUUUGCUUGGAAUUUUUUUUCUUUCGUACGUUGCCCUUUCCUGGUCUGCUUACUAUCAAUCAGUAUCAUUGAUAUAUUCACUGAGCCGGCCAAAUAGAUUUGAGGCCAUGUCUAACUUAAAAGCAAAGGAAGGAAGGAGCCUUAUUCCUUAUUCUAGACAAAAAUUGCGUUGAACGGAGAGAAAGUGCUGUACCCAUGCCUAUCAGUGUGUUACAAAUAACUUCCGAAAAUUACGAAAGGUUAACGCUCAAAAAGUCUGCUUUAAAACUCUUCGAAGGACAACAUCAGUUCCUUUAGUUUGGCCAUGAAAAAACAUUUCCUAGCAUAGUAUUGUGAAUAGAAAAAUAUAAGUAUGUGGUUUGAAUUAAUUUUGUAUAUAUGCAAUUUUAGCUGUAGAUGAUAGAUGUUUGGCAAUUGAUAUUCAUACUUUGUAGUAUUCUUAAUUAUUUCAUGAUUACUCGGUAGAUAUGUAGCAUAAAGGGCUUCUGGU